AUGUCUGUACCACGAUUCCAAAAAAUAAACUUUGGAACAUAUGAUAAUUACAUUCCAGUCAGUGAAUUAAGCAAAAAGUCAUGGAAUCAGCAACACUUUGCCCUGAGAUUUCCCAAACCACCACGGCCAGGAAAAAAAAGGAGAUCAAAACCAUCCCAACUACGAGACAAUACAGUUUUCGUAUAUGAUGCAGAUAAAUUAAAAGAAGCUUCUAAACGACCAUUAUGGAUGCAUAGUUCUUUAAUGAGAAUUUCUGAGAGGCCAUCUGAUUAUUUAGCUGCCAGGAGUCAGCCUCCAUAUAAAUCAUAUAAAUGGAAGGAAGAUGCUAAAGUAGCAGAUGUAGAAAAACCUACAUCUCCAAUAGCAGGUAAGAAAGAUAAAGAAGACAAGCAAGCACACAAGGACAAAUUAGAAUCAGAAACAGAAUCCACAGUUUUAAAGGAGCCAAAAAUUACUAAGAGAGAGCCAACGAAAGAUAGGGAUAUAGAAAGAGGAACUAAAGGUGAAAAGGAUGUUGCAAAAACAGAUGCCAAAAAAGAAAAAAAAGAUUCAAAAAAGGGCAAGCAAUCAGGUACAGAAUCUGAAGAUGAAAAGAAAGGUGCCAUGAAAGAGAAGAAAGCUUCAAAGAAGGGCAAGGAGUCUGCUACAGAAUCUGAAGAUGAAAAGAAAGGUCCCAAGAAAGAGAGGAAAUCUUCAAAGAAGGGCAAGGAGUCUGCUACAGAAUCUGAAGAUGAAAAGAAAGGUCCCAAGAAAGAGAGGAAAGCUUCAAAGAAGGGCAAGGAGUCUGCUACAGAAUCUGAAGAUGAAAAGAAAGGUCCCAAGAAAGAGAGGAAAGCUUCAAAGAAGGGCAAGGGGUCUGCUACAGAAUCUGAAGAUGAAAAGAAAGGUCCCAAGAAAGAGAGGAAAGAUGCCAAGAAAGAGAAGAAAGGUUCAAAGAAGAGCAAGGGGUCUGCUACAGAAUCUGAAGAUGAAAAGAAAGAUGCCAAGAAAGAUGCCAAGAAAGAGAAGAAAGGUUCAAAGAAGAGCAAAGGGUCAACUGUAGAAUCUGAAGAUGAAAAGAAAGAUGCAAAGAUGGAUAAGGAUGGGAAAAAAGAUUCAAAGAAACUAGGAGAGAAAGAUGAUCAGUCAAAAGACAAGAAGGGUCCCAAGAAAGAUACAAAGAAAAAGGGGAGUAAAAAAGAUAAGAAAGAUGAAAAGAAGGCCAGUGGGACAGAUAUAGAAACAAAGGAUGAUGCCAAGAAGGGGGCCAAAAAGGGAUCUAAGAAGGAUGGCAAGAAGGAUGGCAAGAAAGAUACUGACACAGAAUCUGCUGAUGCAAAGAAAGAUGCAAAGAAGAAGGAUGCAAAGAAGGAAGCAAAGAAGAAUACACAGAAAAAAAAGAAGAAGAAUACA